AUGCAUUUAAAAAUCGGGCUUCUUCUAAUGCUUAUAGUUGUCUCUGUUGUGGCUCAAGAGCCGAAAUAUGUGUUUGCACAUUUUAUGGUUGGAUGUGCUGCUGCUAUGACACAAGAGGAUUGGAUGGCUGAUAUUCAAUUAGCUAAGAAAGCUAAUAUUGAUGCAUUUGCACUCAAUGUUGGAAGACAAGACAGCUACACGGAUGAGGUGCUUUUCCGCGCAUAUGAAGCCGCAGCAGCUGUUGGAGAUUUUGGCUUGUUUAUAUCAUUUGACUAUCUUACCGGCGGCCCAUGGCCAAUGGAUGUAGUCAUACAAACGAUCAACAAAUAUAGUGGUCACAGCUCACAAUUUAAAUACCGCAACCAGCCUUUGGUAUCCACAUUUGAAGGGACCAACAAUAUCAAUGACUGGUAUGCAAUUAAAUCAGCUACUGGGUGUUUUCUCGUCCCGGAUUGGUCUAGUUUAGGACUGGCAGGCCUACAGGGGGUGAUGAAUGUCAUUGAUGGAUUUUUCAGUUGGGAUGCAUGGCCGGUGGGUGCACAAUCAAAAUCUUCUGAUAAUGACAAUAAGUAUAUGUCAACGCUUGGCCAGAAGCCAUACGUGAUGCCUGUUUCACCAUGGUUUUAUACAAACCUUAAACAAUGGGGGAAAAAUUGGCUGUGGCGUGGGGAUGAUCUGUGGCAUGAGCGUUGGAUGCAGGUAAUUGAGUUGCAGCCAGCAAUGGCUGAGAUCAUCAGCUGGAAUGACUACGGUGAAUCACAUUACAUCGGCCCCAUUCGUCAACCUGGUAUUCCUCCGGGCGCUGAGUGGUAUGUUCUUGAAAACCCUCAUGAUGGCUGGCGACACCUUCUUCCAGCCUAUAUUGAUUUAUUCAAGUCCAACAAUGCAAGCAACCCUCUCAUCGACCAUCCCAGCCUUAGUGAUACAUUUUCCUAUUGGUAUAGGAGAAACCCUGGAAAGUCUGGGAGUGCUGAUGGGACAACAGGUAACAAUCCUGCAUUCGGCCAGCAACCUUUAGAUCCAGCAGUGGUGUCAGAGGAUAAAGUGUUUAUCACAGCUUUUGUUGCAGAACCUAGUGAGAUUACUGUUAAAAUUGGUCAAUCACCUACCACAAGCCUAAAAGCAUCAUUUGCAGGAAUCAAUCAUAUGAAUGUUCCAUUCGGUGGGAAUACAGGGCCUGUGAAUAUAAAAUUAUUAAGAAAUGGGGUAGUAAUAGCUGAUACAACAGGGCCUGAAAUCACAAAUGAUUGUUUUGAGGGGAAAGUCAUGUGGAAUGCAUUUGUUGGAUUGAGCUGUGAAUGA